AUGACCGACAAUCGCCUGAGUCAGUUCUGUCUCGUUAAUGGAGAAACUACAUCCAACGCCUUCUCUAUUAAGAUACCCUCAAACGACCCUGUCGAUGACCUCAAGAAGCUCAUCAAAGCGGAGAACCAGCUCACCCACUGGCGCGUCUCCAUUCCUGACGAGGACGACAACGACCUUCCUGUUCUGCUCGACUCUGUGCCUGAAAAGAAGAAACUCAAGGCAACCACCAGGCUGCUCAAAGUCUUUGACACUGAGCUGCCCGACGACACAAUUCACAUCAUCGUCCCUCCUCAAGUCAAUGCACCUGUUCCUUCUCGAGCCUUGACUCCCCUCCCUGGCUAUCUCUCGGAUGGUUCUCGUCCUAGCACCCCUCUCUCUGGCGACCUCCAUGCUGAUAUCAAAAGGAUCACGGACAAGUUCUUUGCGCCAGGACCAAUUGCUGACUUUCUUGGCGCGUUUGUGAGAGGCGAGAAGAAACUUCCAGUCACCAAAGGAUCUAUUCGAGGGUUGCCUAGCGCAUGGCGUCGUGGAUUCGGAAAGGCUCCAGAGACUUUAAGAGGAUUUGUCCUUUAUUUAGACGUGAAGCUGGAUCCCGUCCCUGCUGGAAUGAGUAGGUUACAAGGAGUUGCCUGA